AUGAAGGCCUCCGCACUCACACUAGCUGCCGCUUUCUUCAGCACCGCCCUCUCUCAAGAGUUAUUUAGAUGUCGCUGCGCGGACGCGAACGGCGAAAACGUCCAUGGCAUCAUACCCCUUUGUGCAGAAAGGGGUGGGGAAAAUGCAGACCUUUUUGACGAUCUGUGCAUCAAGCUUACCUCCAAGCUCACCGACGAGGAUUGCGCCAAGAUCCAGCAAGGCUCCAAGGGCGACUGCAUCGUGGACGUCCAGGAAACAGGUACUACCUUGGUCACGACAGUCUACGCAUCAACCACGGUCACGCCCACGGCGAAACCCAAACUCUGA